AUGCCUGAAACUCGUUUCUUCGAACAACAUGAUGGGUCAAAAAUUGCAUACCAAAUUUUCAAAUCUGAGAAUGCCAAAAACGAGGUUCCUCUUGUAUUAAUCAUUGGACUUGGUGGUACUAAAGAACAUUUUUUCGGCUUUGAAGAAGUAAUUGUGUUUGAUAAUCGUGGAAUUGGAGAAUCAACCGUUGUCUCUUCUGCUGAUCCUAUCACGCUCGAUUUAAUGGCUCAAGAUACAAUUGAAUUGAUUAAACAUCUUGGAAUUAAAAGAUUUAAUUUGCUUGGAGAAGCUAUGAGUGGUAGAAUUGCUCUUUGUAUUGCCUUGAAACUUCAAUCUGAUUUGAAAUUAGAAAAAUUAAUUGUUUGUUCUUGCGCUUCUCAUCUUGACACCAGUACAAAAGUGUUUCAGGAAGUUGAACAAUUUUAUAAAUUGCCAAGCUUUAAUCUUCCUAUAAAUAUUCAAGAACAAAAAGACAAUCUUCUUAAGUCUGAUCGUGAUAAAAAUUUGGCUAAAUAUCUACUUGAACAUCCUGAUAAGCUUGAUAAAAUUUCGGAGAUCUUGUGGGAGGCGAAUAAAAAUUAUGAUCUAACUCCAAGACUAAAAGAAAUUAAAGUUCCAACUUUGAUCAUUCAUGGUGAAGCUAAUGAAACAGUUCCCAUUCAGAAUGCUGAAUUACUUAAUCGCGAUAUUCCCAAUUCACAACUUCAUAGAGUUCCUAAUGUGGGACACGGUAUUUUUGUAAUGGUACCUGAAACUGCCAAUGUCAUUAGUGAAUUUUUGAAUAAUUAA